CGCUCGGCCGGACGGCAAUUCAUAGUUAAGGACGUGGCGGCGCCUCUAAAUUAACCAAACUCUAGCUCUCCCAAGUCCCUACACCAAUCAAGCACAUUGUCAUGGACGCUAACCGUGACUCCAGCCUCGCCACCGGCGACGAGCUCCUCCAAGCGCAGGCCGAGCUGUGGAACCACGUCUUCGCGUACACCAAGUCUAUGUCCCUCCGCUGCGCCGUCGAGCUUGGCAUCCCCGACGCCGUCCACCGCCGCGGCGGCUCCAUCACUGUGCUCGACCUCGUCGCCGAGCUCUCCCUGCCCCCCUCCAGGACGCCCUACCUGCGCCGCCUCAUGCGUCUGCUCGCGCACGCCGGUUUCUUCGACGCCGGGUCAGCGCCAGACACCUACGGGCUCACCCUGCUCUCACGCCUCCUCGUCUCGGCGCCCGGCGCGGGGCAGGGCCUCUCGCCGUUCGCGCUCGCCAUGUUGCACCCCAUCGUCGUGUCCCCGUCCAUGUCGCUGGCGGCGUGGUUCCGCGCGGCCGACGACGCGGCGCGCGUGCCGUUCGCGACCGCGCACGGCGGGCGCGAGUUCUAUGCGGUGGCGAAGGAGAACCCGGAGUUCGGCGCGGCGUUCAACGACGCCAUGGCAUGCGACGGCCGCUUCGUGAUGGACCUGAUCGUGCGCGGCCACGGGCAAGACCUGUUCCGGGGGAUCGCCUCGCUGGUGGACGUCGGCGGAGGGUCCGGCGCCGCCGCCAGGGCCAUCGCCGCCGCGUUCCCCCGCGUCAAGUGCAGCGUCCUGGAGCUGCCGCACGUCGUCGCGAGCGUCCCGCCGGGCGACGGGGGCGUGGAGUUCGUCGCCGGGGACAUGUUCGAGCGCGUCCCGAAGGCCGACGCCGUCCUCCUCAAGUGGAUUUUGCACGGGUGGGGGGACGAGGAGUGCGUGAAGAUACUGCGGCGGUGCAGGGAGGCGGUGCCGGCAGGCGGCAGGGUGAUCGUUAUGGACCUGGUGGUGGGGUCGAGCCCGGCGGACGCGAGGGCCACGGAGACGCAGCUGCUGUGGGACGUGAUGAUGAUGGGUGUGGUGGGGAGCCCGGAGCGGGACGAGCGCGAGUGGCGCAAGAUAUUCGACGACGCGGGAUUCAGCGGCUACAAGAUCCUGGCCAUCCUCGGGAUCCGGUCGGUGAUCGAGGUUUACCCUUAGAUUUCUCUCUCUCUCUCUCUCUCUCUCUCUCUCUCUCUCUCUCUUGCGAGGAACCCUUAGGUUUCCUUUUGUCUCUGGUAUUGUGCUCACUGCGAAUGGACGCACUAGAGGGCCAAGGGGUCUA